UCGACGUCGCAACUUGCCGCCAUUUACUCUCCGUCCGCGCGGGGGCGCCACUCGCACUCGCACUCGCUUUGCAGCAAAAAGGACAUUCCGCCGUCGCUUCGUGGCUCUGCUCACUCGGUUUUGGUUUUGGUUUCUGUUCCUGUUUCGGUUUCGGUUUCGGAUUCGGACUCGUUUCAGCCCGAGAUUCGAUUCGAGAUUCCGAUUCCCGAUUCCGAUUUCGAUGCUUGGCCCAUAGUUUCAGUCGGAAAGCCAAAAAGCAGCCUGCCAGUCGAGAGCGCCUUUCCCAGAACCCAGAGCCCAGUACCCAGUACUCAGUACCCAGAGUAUCCAGAAAACAGAAAACAGAACUUCAGAGCCCUGAAGAUUGGCACUUCCUGGCGUUCGGCGUUCGGCGUUUAACGUUCAACGGUACCGCAGUGCGUUUUUAUUACCGCCGUCGCCUUCGCUGCCUACGCAUAUACACAUAUAUAUAUAGAUAUUUGCCAAACAUAUAUAUGUGUAUGCGCACACGGACACGCAGUGGUGUGCGUGCGGGGGGGCGGGGGCAUGCGUGAGUGUGUGUGUGCGUGGGCUGAGCGGUCGCGCGUGUUUAAUUAAUCAUAAAAUCCACGACAGAAACCGCAAAACUAAAAAGUAACUCGCCAAAAACAACACAGAAAUAAAAACACUAAAACGAAAAAAAAAACACCGCCGAAAUAAAGAAAGAGAGGGCACGAGACAGCGGGAGGGGUCGUCGAGAGGGGGGGAAUAAUGUGCAAUAAACUCGAUUCGGGACCCAAGUAACUCCAGUGCGAUAUCCAAUACUCUGCUUUGCCGUCGGCAUCCGUGAGAUACUUUACCCCAAAAAAAAUGCCGACGAAAGGAUAGUUAAAUCAAAAGCUGCCCCAAGGAGCAAGGCGCGCCCAAAACAGGGUGCAGUCCAUGAACAGACUUCAGCGGCAAUUGGGAUCAGGAGGUGAGCGCUUCCGAUCGAGAGGAUAAUGUGUUCAAUAUUUCGCAACCGCAUCAAUUACCGUGGGACUGGCAGCACCAGGAGCGGCAGCGGGGAGCGGGAAAGGGACCGGGAUCGGGAUAGGGAAAGGGAGCGGGAUAGGGACGCCCUGCUGGCCAAGGAACUGGAUGCGGACAGCAACAACAAUGGCACUGAGCCCCAAAUGGAAGCGGUUCCCGAGUCCCACACGGAACGGGAAAUGGCCGAGGAGCACGGCAAUGGCGAUGGCGAUGGCGAGGGCGAGGAUCAGGAGCCGGAGAACAGCAACGAGGCCUUGGAUCUCUCGCUGAUCUCGUCCAGCGGUUUGAGGGGAUCGCUGCCGGGCAGCGGUCACGUCUCGCUGGAGGCUCUACAACAUACCAAAGUGGCGGUGGCCCAGUUCGCGGCCUCGGCAAUGGCAGGUGGUAGUGGUGGCCACCAGUCGCCCGACCUGGCCAUGGUGCAGUCCACCAUCUUCAAUGUGCAGCGGCAGCACCUGAUGCAGCUGCAGCUCAUCCAGCACCUGCAGAGUCAAUUGAAAAGGGCCGAGGCAGCCGCCUUGGGCAGACAGACCCACAGCGACGAGGAGGAGGAUGAGCCGGAGCCAGAGCCACAGCCGGAGCAGGAGCCCAAUAAGCUGCCAGCCAAUGGUCUAAAGGAGGAGGAGGAUGAGGAGCCGGAGCAGGAUCAGGAGCGGCGGCUGGAGGAGAGUUCAAAGACUGAGACAGAGAGGGCAACUGAGGAGAGAAAGGCGGAGCCGGAGGGCUACCAAUCCCAACCCAUGAUGUGCGACAUCAGCUCGAGCUUGGCCUCGAGCAUCAUCACCAACCACGAUCCCCCGCCAGCGCCCAACGAGCCCAACUGCCUGGAGAUGCUGCAGCGCCGUACGGAGGAGGUGCUCGACUCGGCCUCGCAGAGCCUGCACGCCGCCCAGAUGCAGGAGGAGUACUCGGAGUAUGCCUCCAAGGAGGCCCAAAGUCGCGGCGAGAUCUUCAAGCAUCGCUGCAAGUACUGCGGCAAGAUCUUCGGCAGCUAUUCGGCCCUGCAGAUCCACCUGCGCUCGCACACCGGCGAGCGGCCCUUUGUGUGCAACGUAUGCGGCAGCAAGUUCACCACGAAGGGCAACCUAAAAGUCCACUACCAACGGCACACGCAGAUCUUUCCGCCCAUGCUGCUGCCGCCUGGUGUGGCGCCCAACGUGGGGCAUUCGGGUCAGGGUCAGGGUCAAGGGCAAGCGCCGGCCGAGCAGUACCCCCUUCGGCUGCCUUUUGUGCCGCCAGUAGCACCAGAUCAGCUUCAGCCACAAGUGGAGGAGCCGGAGGAAGUGAGGCAGGAGCUUCCCGCCCAGCAGGCCGAAGAUCUCAGUAAGCCGAUGGUGAAGGAAAAGGAGAAAGUGAAGGAGAAGGAGAAGUCACACUCCCCCGUGGAGCGUGUCAGGACGCCCAAAGAGGUAAAGCCAGUUGUGGCGGCACUAUCCUCACCGGAGAAGCCCGACAAGGAGGUCACCAAGCCGUUGGUGACCCCGUCACGACGAAACGGUUCCGUGCGCAAGCGACAAUCGAGCAGUGCUGGAAGUCCGCCUCAGGAGGAUCGCGAACGGGAUCUCGCCGAGCAUCUGCACAUAGCCAAGCUGGUGAGACGCUCCUCCGCAAGCAGGGAGUCCCAGCCGGCGGAGUAUUCCCUGGCCCAGAUGGAGCGCAUCAUCGACAAGUCGUGGGAGGACCUCAUCGAGAUCGACAAGACGUCGGAGACGUCGAAGCUGCAGCAGCUGGUGGACAACAUCGAGAACAAGCUGACCGAUCCCAACCAGUGCAUCUUCUGCCAGAAGGUGAUGUCCUGUCGCAGCUCCCUGCAGAUGCACAUCCGGACGCACACCGGCGAGCGUCCCUUUCGCUGCAAGAUCUGCGGCCGGGCCUUCGCCACGAAGGGCAACCUGAAGGCGCACAUGAGCAUACACAAGAUUAAGCCGCCGAUGCGGAGCCAGUUCAAGUGCCCCGUGUGCCACCAGAAGUUCUCCAACGGCAUUAUCCUGCAGCAGCACAUUCGCAUCCACACCAUGGACGAUGGCAGCGGUGGCCAGGCAGGUGCCGGUGCCGGUGCUGGUGCUGGUGCGCCCAAUCCCGGCGAGGCUGAGCGGCUGGGCAUCGAGGAUCAGAACUCCAACAAAUCGAUGGGCACUUCGGACACGCUGGACUUCUCCACCACCAUUUCGGACCACUCGGGUCAGAGGUCAGAGUCUUCGCAGGGCGGCGACUUCGAUGAGUUUAUGACCAUGGACAGCACUGACGACUCCAGGGAUAACUCCAGUGCAGCCACGGCCACACCACAUCCACUGGAGAGGGAACGGGACAGGGAUAGGGACAGGGAGAAGGAGAGAGUGCGGGAGAGGGAACGCGAUCGGGAACGGGAGCGAAGGAUGCCAAACGAUGGUUCCGACGAGCGGUCCCAUUCCAAUCCCGAUUUGGCUGGAGGACGCAGUGAGAGCGGGGAAAUGCCGGCCAUGGAUCUCUCCUCGCCCUCCUCAGCUUCCGGACGAAUCUUCGGAUCCGGGCUACCGAAUGGCACCGCCUGCGGAGGAUCAGCAGGCGGUGGCCUUCCCAUGCUCGGCAUGCCCAUGCCGCCAAAUCUUCUACUCAUGGCCGCUGCCCGCGAGGAAAUGCACGCUCUAGGUCACGCUCAUGCCAAAUUCCCGCUGCUGCCCUUCGGUCCACUUGGAUUUAUGGGUCUGCACCCGCCCCCCAAUGUGUGCAAUCUCUGCUUCAAGAUGCUGCCCAGCCUGGCCGCCUUGGAGAGCCAUCUGCAGAGCGAACAUGCCAAAGAACCGGCGACGGGCCACGCCCACCGCCCCAACUGCACUGACGCUGGAUCGCCGUACGGCGCCAAGCUCACUCUCAAUCCAAAUCUGUUUGCAAAGAAGCCGACGUCGUCGUCGUCAUCGGGUGACAAGAUGCCGGAGUCCUCCUCUGCCCAGCCCUUUGCCCCCGGUUCCCCGGCAACGUCCAUCAAAGAGGACCCCGACCAGGAGCCUUUGUCGGUGGAGGAGGCUGGAUCGGCUGGAGAAGGAUCCGGCACUGGAGCCGGCUCUAAUUAUACGCCGGAGGCAGGUGAUGCUGAGCAGUCACUGAUGAAAAUGCAGCUCCAUGCCCACCGCUUUCCGGCCAGUCCGCUCGACUUUCAGCAGGCUUUGAUGUCCGCAGGACCUCCGACCUCCAGCUUGGAUCCUCCGGUGAACAACAAGCACUUUUGCCACGUCUGCCGCAGGAACUUCAGUUCGAGUUCGGCUCUCCAAAUCCACAUGCGCACCCACACGGGCGACAAGCCCUUCCAGUGCAAUGUGUGCCAGAAGGCCUUCACCACCAAGGGGAACCUGAAGGUGCAUAUGGGCACACACAUGUGGACGAAUCCGACUUCGCGGCGAGGGCGUCGUAUGUCCCUGGAGCUUCCCAUGCGACCAGGUCCGAACUCGGGAUCUGGUCAUCCCGGAUCGAGUGCCGAGCAGGAGUUCAUGCAGCGUCGACCGGAGCUCUUCUUUCCCUACCUGCCGCCCUUUUUCAACGGACUGACGCCAAAGCCUGGUGAACUGAGUCCCGGCGCCUUUCCCAAUAUUCCCCCGCCGCCCUUCGCCAACGGCGGGAAGUAUCCCUAUCCGCCCGGACUGCUGGGAUUCCCGGGCUUCCUGGCCCAACAUCCCUACGGAAUGGAGCGGAGGAGCAGCAGCAAGUCACCCACGCCAGAGCCGGCUCAGAGUCCUUCACUCAGAGAGGACGAGGGAUCCGGGAAUAUCUGGCAUCCCCUGAGUCGCAUCAAGGUGGAGAGCAAUCAAAGCGAGGGAAUGGGAAUGGGAGCCUUUAACGAUCAGGAGGAUCAGGUAGAGGCGGAGGCGGAGAUCCCUGGCGGGGACAACGAGGAGUCCGAGUCCAGAGAUGCGGAGAAGUAGAAGAACUGAUGAGAUCUUAGUCUUGGAACACACAUGGUUUUUGUGGAGUACAUAUCUUGAGCAAUACCCUUACGCUAAGCUUCAACUAGCACUGACACAAACACAAACACAAACACAAACUCAAAUUCAAAAUCAAACCCAAACACACCCCCAAACCCGCACACAUAUACGAAUAUAUCCUUUGUGUCUAUACAUAUAUAUAGUACGGUUAAUUGAUAGCGAUCUUCAAGGCAUUUAAAUGCAUUAAGUUUAGCCGGUAAGUUGUAAAAAAUAGCGGAUCGAUGAACGAUGGGGGAAUCUCCUCAACCGGAUCAGGCAGGCUGCGAGGUCAGAACUUAACUAAUUGUAUGGCUAUACCUAGAUAUAUUUAAAUACAUAUAACGAUAAAUACACGUAAUGUAAACUGUGGUAGUUGCAUAUAAAAAAUUGAAAUCGAAAAAUCGAAAUACCGAGAAAAAACCGCGACAAAAAUGAUCAAAAAUAAAGCCGGCGUGCGAAAU